AUGACCGCCCUCCAAUCUCGAGCUCGGCCAAGACUAUACUUUGCGUGUGGAAGCAACUUAUGGAGAGAGCAAAUGAUGCUUAGAUGUCCAAAAAGUACAUACGUGGGAGUCGGUCAUCUGGCCCAAUAUCGCUGGAUCAUCAGUGACCGUGGCUACGCGAACAUAGUCUCCUCGACAAAACCCGAAGACGAAGUGUACGGUCAUGUCUACAAUCUCACUUCCUCCUCCGACGAAGACUGA